GAAUGACAUUGGUCAACAUUCGAUCCGAUCCCUUGCAGUGAACCUCGAUUUAUCCCUUAGCGCAAGGCUUAAGGACCCAUAUAUUUCUUGACCGACAAACCGGUCAUUUCCACUCGUUUCUAUUCACGAACCCCUCACAAAUCCUAAACAUACUCGAUCUGCAGUUAUUCUCUCAUAUCCACACCAUUUUAUGCUCGUCGUCGCUUCACUUCAACGUACACUUUGAAUCUCCAUCAAAGGUUCUCCAUAAACACCUUUGAAAUGCCCAAAAUGCAAUGGACCUAUUUCCUUACCAUCCCUAUCAUCACUUUCGCUGCAUGGCAAUACAGUGUCACAGUCGUUAACUCCAAAUUUCCCAAGCUUCGUAACAAGAAGAUAUGUCUGUUGAUCGCGCAUCCUGAUGACGAAGCUAUGUUUUUUGCGCCAGCGAUGCAAGCUCUUACGGAUCCGGAGCUUGGAAACCAUGUUAAAAUUCUCUGUUUGAGCAGUGGUGAUGCAGAUGGAUUAGGGGAAACUCGGAAGAAGGAACUUGUUAAGAGUGGGAUGCAGUUGGGUUUGCGACAAGAGAAUGAUGUUUUCGUUUUUACGAGUCCAGAUUUCCCGGAUAGCAUGACGAAGAUAUGGGACAAAGAAAAGAUCGCAAACCUUUUGGCGUCUGCAUUUUGCCCUCCCCAUACAAGAAAAACAGAUCUUACAACUGCUCCAACUGCAACCAUCGAUGUUAUUGUAACUUUUGAUGCGCAGGGAAUUUCUUCGCAUCCAAAUCAUAUUUCCUUGUACCAUGGCUCUCGGACUUUAAUCGCAUCUAUGAUGCGGGAUCGUCCAGGAUGGCAAUGUCCUAUUGAUCUUUACACACUUACCAGUGUCUCAAUCUUCCGAAAGUACACAUCUAUAUUCGAUACCUUGAAUACUAUGGCAGCCGCAGCAUUUUCGAAGCGAGAGAUAGGCGAUCACCCAAGUCCUUUGUUAAUGAUGAGUGGAGUGGGACAACUUAGAACUGCGCAAAAGGCCAUGACAACAGCACACAAGAGUCAGAUGAGGUGGUUCAGAUGGGGUUGGAUUGGAAUGUCAAGAUAUAUGGUCAUUAAUGAUUUAAAAUUGGAAAAGGUCGUUGUGUAGAAGCGCAUGUGGAAGGCUCAAGUUGACGGUUUGAGAAAGAGAAGAGGACUCCAUUGUGCAGUGCACAUUGCGAAUGGCCUUGGAUAAAAACAUAUCUCGCGCAUAAGAGAGUAUGAAUGGAUGAGAGAUGAGAAAUGCGUACACGAAGUCAGCAUGCUUCUUUUUGGUCUCGUUUUGUAUUGUUUGUUAUUUUUUUGUUCUCUUCCGCAAGAUGGCUACAGACCUGGCUGGAAAGUAAUCAGCCUUUCAUCAAACUUGCUUGUUGUAUUUAGACAGAUAUUUUUCUACUUCAUGAUACUUCAAUAUUAUGAGCCAUGAUUCAUUUGAUUUCAAAUUUCCUUGUUCAUUGCUUCUCGUCUUAAAACUGGUAUCUAAACAUACAGAUUUGAUCAUGUCUUCUUUAUCUGUGACAAAAUUAGAAGAUUUUAACAUCAACAGCGCCUGGAUCAAUUUCUGAUAAUGCGCGUUUUACAGUCUAGUCCUACAUGCCUCAACUAUCAUCACUAGUACUAUUAAUCUGGUUAUAAAAUCAGCCCAGAACAGGAUCAAUUAAAAGAAAGAUAAGAAAGCAAUUUUCGCAUCAAAUCAACGCAAUAUGCUUUCGGAGCAAAGUGGAAAAAUAGUAAGAAUUGACUACUUCCUCCUACUUUAUCAAAGGGUUCA